CGCACGAGGGGCUCGUAGUGAUCGGCGGUGUGAUUUGCUGUCCGGGGGGGUCAGAUCUGGCAGCAGAAGGUAACUGCAACAAAUCACACACAUACUUCACUCGUCCCUGGCUCAUUCCUCAUCCUCUCUGUCGUGCUUGCGCCGACAGGCCCUGUACCCAGGUGCUGAGGUCGCUAGUCAGCUUGUCGUCUCGUCAGUCAUGACGGAUUCCAGCUCGGGCCUCUCCGCCUUCCCGACUCAUGACGGUACCGCGAAGCUCAUCAAGGUUAUCCAAGACGGCCCUCUCUCUGGCAAGAAGGUCCGCCGCCUCAUCAAGAAGAAAGGGGCUGAUGCUGCAGUGCUCGUCGGCCAUCUGAGCCUCAUUGAGAUUGCCCUCAAGCAUCAUGGAGAGGGCCCCGUCAGCGACCGCACUCUCCACGCCAUCGCAGAGCUGCUGUCGGGCGGCGCUGACCCUGACCAUGGCCGCGUCGUUUGCAGGGCAGUGCGGUGUCAUGACUAUGCGCUGGUGGACCUCCUGCUCGACAACCACGCCGAUCUGAAGGGGCUGUGUCUGCUGCACAUGAUCGCUGAGAGUGACCACCAACCGGCCGCUGAGAAGCUGCGGCUGGUAAGACAGCUGAUCGACCACGACCCGGCCAUCGUCAAGGAAGUCGACACUCACGGCCGCCAUCCCCUCUCGUGCUUCUGCCGCCAUCCCCUGCCAGAGGCUUGGCUGCAGGAGGCCCUUCUCGACCUUCACUACCAGAAUGGAGCAAAGACAGACACCCCAGACAGUGACGGCUACCGGCCGCUGCACCACGCCAUGCACACUGGCGACAAGACCACGGUCCGCUGGCUGUGUGGCAAGACCAACGACAUCGAUGCCAGGGCCAGCCGGGUCACCGCCCUCAAGCUGGGUGCACUCAACGGCCUGCCAACGAAGCUCCUGCGUGUGCUGCUGGUCCACGGCGCGUCGCCAUCCGAGGCCACACUGAGGGCGGGCCGCGCACUCAGGAGCGAGGAGUGGGAGAGGCGGGUCACGAGGGCUUAUCUCGAUUACCUCAACAAGAACGUGCCCCGGCUGGUCAUCGAAAACAUCAACCGCACCCUUCGCGCCCUCCGCUCGCCCUUCGCUUCCCGCGAGUGGCGGCGAUCCUUCCCUCGCGCAUCCCUGCCAGCGGAGAUGGUCACACACAUCCUGCAGUUCGCCGCCCACCCUCGCCCCAUCCCCAUCGCUGACGAGAGGCUCGCCAGCCGCAUCAACACCGCCGUCGGCCACUACUGUGCCCUCACCGCCAAGCUGAUCGCCAAGAGGGGCAAUGGAGAAAACGUCGGUCCGAUGCGAUGCUUCAUGGUUGGCGGUCGCCGUCUGGGUGUGUGCGAGGUGGUGUCUCGAGCAAUCAAGGAUGAGGCCCGGCUGUACCAGUGCGAUUGGCGGCCCUCCGCAUCGACAACGGUCUUCCCGUGGCAGCAUUUGGAGGGGCUGCACCUGUCUGGUGAUGAUCUGGAGCACGAGAUGUUCGAGUCGCUGGGCCUCGAGUGAGUGAUGCGUGUGGGUGUGGUCUGGUGUGGUCAAGACUUUAUUCGUCGAGCUGCGUGCAGGAUGGUCCUCUCUGUACUGAGUUGCUUGUUGCAUGAUUGCAUGAUUGAUUGGACGUUGGCGAUGUGUGCGUGCACUCGUGCGGUGAGAGAGUGUAUUUGCAGGACAGACAUGGAUGAGAUCUAUGCAUACAGACACUAACUGGGUGCAUCAAAAGGC